AUGUCCGGCAAGCACGAGUUCUGCCCAGGAGAGAAGCGGAUGAUUGUGAACAGCUACGAGUAUUUCAAAAGCCAGAAGGAACAAGGCCUCUUCAAAGGCAUCAGGACACGCCAACUGGUCUCUGAUUGCCUUGGUUGUGCUCGUGCAAGUAGGGGGCGUACAACCUACGCCAAGUUUGUAGAGGGGUCUAUACAAUGCUGGAACGCGUCAAAAAAGCGAAAGCAAGAUGAAACCGAGGACUAUCAUGGCAACUUCAACUCUGAGUUGUUUGAAGCGUGGUUCGAGAAGUUGUGCAAGACGUUGGAGGACAAUUAUGGUGGCUGUAACAUCCACAUGGAUGGCGCCGGGUAUCACAAGCAGAUGACCAACUUAAUGCCAACAACGAAGUCACUGCGAAGUUGGCUCGAAGCUCACAUUAAUACAGUCGUCAUGUUGGUUUACAACCGAGCUGCCAACAGAGAUGUACUGCUCAGUUUGGCCAAACUCAACAAACCGAAGGCCGUUUACGCGGCUAACACCAUUGCAACACGCUACAACAAUCGACCGUACUACACGCCGCCUGUGGUGUUUUCCGGAAGUUGA